CUGCAUCAUCAGGGCUAGUCGCCCUACACAUUCGUUCUGUAAGGAUCACCAUGUGCGGAAUAUUCUGCUCUGUCAGUCGACACGAGUUUACUGCGCCGUCGCCAAAUCUACGCACCCUUCUCGAAUCGCGAGGCCCGGACGCGUCGAAUGUGAUAGAAAAAGUCUCUCAGCCUACGAGUGCAAGCCUAUCACCGGUAUGGCUUACGUUCCAUUCGACGGUCUUGUCCUUGCGAACCGAAAUUGUUGUCGACCAACCGUACUCUGCAGGUGCCUCGGGAUCGGUGCUUUGCUGGAAUGGCGAGGCCUGGGCUUUCAGACAUGUGCCAAUUAAGGACAGUGAUACCUCAGCGAUCUACACACAUCUGGAUCAAGCUUUAGACAUUUCUCAAGAAACUGAUGCAUGCGGCAUGCUUGAAAUGGUAGCCCUUACCAUGGCACAGAUCGCAGGUCCCUUUGCCUUCGUUUACUAUGACGAUCGCAGCGACCGUAUCUUCAUGGGAAGAGAUUUUCUUGGACGCAGGUCGCUCGUGCGGUGUAUGGACUGAAGUGGAGGCUGACGGGAUAUACUGCGUUGACCUGAGAUCCCACUCCAUGCCCGAAGAGCUCCACAUCAAGGGUCAAGUCCGCUGGGGCGGAUUUCGAGUCUACAAGAAAGCCUACGUUCACAAGGAUGCUAGUGAUCUUGCAUGCUCAUCUGUCAUCCCGCAUCUUUCGAUGAACAGGCUGAUUCCAAGUACAAUCCCAUUUUUAAGCGCCAAUACACCUGCUGUAUCCAAGCUAGAGUCACUGUU